AUGUCGUCCACUGAAAUGACCACACUUGAAAUUCAGACAACAGCGUUGACCACGAUCCGAGGUAUCGUUACUAGGGAGCAAUACAUCAUUAUCUUGGAGUACGCUAUUGAGAUGGGGACAUUUCUAUCAUUUUGGGGAAUAAUUUCAAACAUCAUCGUCAUUAAAACAUUCGUAGAGAUGGGAAUUUAUGAUGGUGUCGUAGUGUCUUUUCUUUCUUUGGCCAUCUUUGAUUUGAUAUAUCUUUUCGCAGGUUUAUGUCUUAUGAUAACAGUGACUCUUCAUGUUGCAGAACUCAGAUCAUCUAUAUUUCUUCCAAUACAACCUCUGGGUUUGUCUAUUUAUUUUACUAGUAUAAUGAUUAUUCUCAACGUAAUCAAUAUUCUGACCAGAACAUAUAUAGCAAUUGCUCGCAGUAUGUGCGUUGCUAAACCUCUACAGUUCAAGAAUGCAUUCACUCGGAAGAGAUCAGUCUUCUUCCUGAUUUGUUUCACUAUUUCUUCAAUAGUCAUCUACUCUCCGAUUUUAGCCAACAUGGGAAUGUCAAUGAAGUUCGACAAACUGGCCAACAGGUCUCGACUAAUCUGGUGGGAAUCUCCUGCGCGGGAAACUGUCAAGGAAGUCGUCUGGAUAUUUACUGAAGUCAUUUUACCUUUGACCACAGAAUUUAUAGUAAUAUUUUGUGUAAUUCUCAUGUCUACCAGUCUUCGAGCAAGUUCCAGAUUCAGACAGUCUUCGACAGCAGUAUCUAGGAAAGUGUAUGAAGAAGUCAUUAAAACUAAAAUCUGUUUGAAAAAAGAAGUUGCAGACGGUGCUAUGAAAAGUGUUCUUCCACACAAGCGGUCCAACAAGGAAGUACGUGUGGUCCAGCAAGUGGUUCUAAUAUCGGUUGUAUACGUUCUUUGCAACAUACCAAAACUGUUUAUCAGCAUUGGGUCAAUGAGUGAGCCCACAUUCACUAUCGGUAAACAAAAUGCAUAUUUGUACCUGUCCCUUAACGGUAUUCGGACUCAUUUUGAAGAGCUGAACUCAGCAGUAAAUCUGCUUAUUUACUAUAAGUAUAACACUAAAUUUCGAAAUACAUUAUUUCGCACGUUUAGGCAAUGUAUAGCUAAAAGGUAA